ACGGUUCCGCAAUCCUUCUCCACAAUACAAACGGAAUAGCUGCCUGCAAGUUCUCCCCCAAAAGCCCUAGAAAAAGCCAAUCCCUUCCUUUCCUUCUGCCUCCAUUGCCUCCUCUACUCUGCAACACCCGGAGAUCUGUUCUGAUUGCCGCUCUCCGCGUUUCGUUGUCCUUCGCUGUUUCUUUCGGUAUCUUUUGGAGGUGCUCUUUUCUGCUAAUUCGCGUGUUCGUUAUUGUUCCCGUUUGUUUUGUUUUGUUCACCGUAGCGGGAAAAGGUCCCGAUCUUGCGAUUCUUGUUGGCUGAUUUCAUUGCUGCUGUUUUUUUGAUUGGUUGAUUGGUAGAUUAGUUUGGAUUCUGUUGCUUUUGAGUAACGGAUGCGUAGGGUUGAUGGGCUCUUCGAUGUAUGUUUCCGAUUGUUGUUCUGCGUGAUUGUAGAUUUGUAUUAGGGUUUGGUGUGAUAUUCCCAAGAUUUUGUCGAAUCUGGUCUUUCUUGGUAAUGGGGUAUUGUUUUUCCGAUCAUCUUUUUAUUGCUUUUUGGGGUCUGUGUUCUGAGAGUAUUUACUCUUGUCAUUGAUGAAAGAGGAACCCACAGGAUUGGAACCGCUUGUUUACUUACUUCUGUGGUCUGUAUGAUAAUUGGUGCAUAAAUGUCUUUUACGUGUUAAUGCAUACUUGAUUGGGACUGAGGAGUCAAGAAUCCAGUUUGCGCGAUUUUGGUUUUCAAUCAUUCGGGUGUUGGAAAACCUUAUCCCUUUCUUGUGCAUUUGAAGCAAUUGAAUAUUCUUAAUUUUUAUAUGUCUUCAUUCUCGAUCUGACUUCAUCUAUGGAUGUAAGUGUUUUCCCUUUCAUUUUCUUCAACUUCUGGCCUGACAACUGUUGUGUUUUUGGUUGUUCAGGAGCUUUGCUGGAAGGGUGGCUGCAAUCUGCAGAUUGUGAAAGUGAGAUUCUUUUAUGUCCAUACAGGCCAUUUUCAUCCCGGUAGAUAUUGGAUUGCUAGGUAAUCGUUGUCUGCUUUCAAGGAAAAAGGAGCGGCCUCUGUUGCAUAAAAAAAUCAGCUGCAUGCAUACUGGGCCAUUUAACAAACACACAGAACUUCAUGGUUGCUUCUGGAUGCAACCUUUGACCAAAAGAGUGAAGUCUUUUCUCGCUGAAAGAUCUUUGGCAGGCAUCAGCAGCUCUUCGUACCCUCUUCAAUCCAUCUGUUUCCCUCAGCAACUCUAAACAAGUCUGAACUUUGAUUUACCUUUGUUCGAGACAAGAUGGCGUUGCAGAACAUUGGUGCUUCAAACAGUGAUGAUGCCUUCUACAGGUAUAAGAUGCCUAGAAUGGUUACCAAGAUUGAGGGCAGAGGUAAUGGCAUCAAGACAAAUAUAGUCAACAUGGUUGACAUUGCAAAGGCCUUGGCUCGGCCAGCUUCUUAUACCACCAAGUACUUUGGCUGUGAGCUUGGUGCUCAAUCAAAAUUUGAUGAGAAAACUGGCAUUGCUCUUGUGAAUGGCUCACAUGAGACUGCAAAGCUUGCUGGACUUCUGGAAAUCUUCAUAAAAAAAUAUGUUCAGUGCUACGGCUGUGGGAACCCAGAAACCGAGAUACUCAUAACCAAAACUCAGAUGCUUCAACUCAAGUGUGCUGCCUGUGGAUUUAUAUCUGAUGUGGAUAUGAGAGACAAGCUGACCACUUUCAUUUUGAAGAACCCACCGGAAUCAAAGAAGGGGUCAAAGGACAAGAAAGCAAUGAGGAGAGCUGAGAAGGAACGGCUAAAGGAAGGUGAGGCAGCAGAUGAGGAGUUGAAGAAAGUGAAGAAGGAUGUCAAGAAGAAGGGCACAACUACUACCUCAAAGGAUGUCUCAUCCAAGGCUGCAAGUACUAAGAAGAAGGCAAGUGGAUCUGAUGAGGAACGUGUGUCACCUACACAUAGUAAUGAUUAUGAGAAAGAAGACCACGAGGAUGAUGGUGAUGAUGACGACGAUGUUCAGUGGCAUACUGAUACAUCUGCCGAGGCAGCCCGCCAGCGCAUCCAGGAACAAUUGAGUGCUGCUACUGCUGAAAUGGUUAUGCUUACUACCAUUGAAACCGAAAAGAAGGCCAAAGAAGCUGCGAAAGCCAAUGGCAGCAGCCCGAAAAGUGCUGUUUCUCCUAUAGCCGAGGAGAAAUCCAAGGAGAACGGGAAGACGAGUUCUACCAGUUCUCCAACCAAUGUGUUGAAGGAAAGCAUCGGUAAAGGAAUUGCUGCAAGCCAGUUGCCCGGUCUUCUGGAUUCACUGCCUGGUUCAGGUCAGGAAAAGAUGGAUGCUUUAUUUUUGGCCUUGUUCGAUGGUGUCGAGAAGGGACUUGCGAAGGAAGUGGUCAAGAAGAAGAAGUAUCUUGCUGCUGUUGCAGCCCAGGGUGGAGAUUCACAGCUGCUUGUACUUGGUUCCAUCCAGGGUUUCUUUGAGAAAUCUGGUGCAGGGAAGGAGGUGGCUCUUGUUCUCAAAGCUCUGUACGACGCCGAUGUUCUAGAGGAGGAGCACAUUCUGCAGUGGUACGGGAAUCUCAGGGGAGGCAACAAGGAAUCCAAGAUCGUGAAGAGUGCUGAGCCGUUUAUUGAUUGGCUCCAGAAUGCUGAAUCGGAGUCAGAAGAGGAGUGAUUUGCAGGGGGUUGUUCUGUCAGUUGUCGUAGUCACUGAUGCUGUUGUUUGGGGUCGGCAGUUGUCUUGAAGAAUAAAGUGUCUGUUGGGACUCGGGAAACGCUACAAUUGUGUCUUUUUGUUGUUUCAAACUUCUUUCUUUAAUGCCGUUUGGUGUUCGGAUUGGAAUAACUAUUGUGUUUUUGUUUCUAAAGCUAUGGUAUGUGUCUUGAAGUUAAACAUUGUCUAUGGGAAUUUGUGUUUUGGCGCAUCUUAUUUCUUCAGCCUCUUCCUCUGUUUACUCUUCUUGAUGCUGAAUGGUUUGAUUUACGUAGGAUGAAAGCAAACUUGUUCCUCUAUAAGUGUUUUUGAAACCUAUCAAUGAAUCUCGGCUUCACGUGACACUUUGUAACAGCGGGGCCCACUAAACUUGGGAGCCACCUACAUUAAAUUCGACGCCAACAAGACUGCGCCCCCAGCAGCCUUGUACCUUCGGGAACACCAACGAGUCUCACUUGGAUUCGAACCUGGGAUAUGCAACUCUCAAACCUUCACUGUCACGAGAGGUUUACCGUUAGACUAUCAUUCCUUGGUAAUAAAAAAAAAAAAAAAAAGAAACCUGUUAAUUAGUUAAUUACCAAACCCAAAAUAUUUAACUAAUUAUAUGGGGACCAUUUACUAUGCUAACCCUACAGGAGUUAGCACCAUACUAAUCAUGACUUGUACUAGUCCAUGUCAGAGUUGUAGUACUACAAUUGCAAAAAACGUUGAAUACUACCGUCAAAACAAUGACUCCAAUUAUAAAUGCGUCAGAUUCAUAAUCCUACAACUUAAAACCACGACUAUAACGACAAAAAAAUAACCACAAUAAUUACAAUUAUAAUAGUACUACUAUUAUUUACAAUUAGCAACAAGGUUGUCAAGCCAGUAUCCGGUCGGGCUAUUCAAUCUAACCGAACGAAACCGAUCAUAUGAAUGAGAAUCAUCGAGUAUUAUUUUUAAAUAAAUUGAUUUUUAGAUU